CCAAGAUCUAUCCCCUCUUGUUCCCAUUUCCCAGUAUGUCCAGGUAUGAAAACAAUCCCCAUUUCCGUGACUUGAAUGACUAUGAAACACCAAACACGCCUCGUGGGUCGGGGCUUGCCAAUAUUCAGACAAGGUCCCGACCGCCCUCAUCCCAUCAACAUCCCAAUGGACCAGCGUAUGGGAUGCCGCUGCCAAUAUCACAUAAAUCGCCGGUUCUACAGUCACCACAACCUUUUCUUCCUCCUAAUCAUCAUCAAUCAUCGGUCCCGGAAAAUGCCUCCGAAUUUCCUUCUUAUCAAGAUGGGUCGGACAGAAGACUCCCUCUACCACCUUCUAGCCGUGCUGGUUUUCGUGCUGGGACCCAGUCAGCUUAUCCUGACCACCAACGAGAACGCUAUCAGCCUUCACAAACACGGCCUCCAACAGGUUGGAGCAAAAGUAAAACGGCCACACCAUGUGCAUGGCUUGCAUGUUGCUCACUUGUUGUAAUAGGCCUGGUAAUCCUCAUAGUGUUACUUGUAGUCAAUCAGCCGCGAAGCUUGAAGUUUGAUGUAUCAAGCGUCGAUCUAAAUGCAGUCUCUCUUGACACGGGAAACCUCCUUAGUGUUGACCUCACUCUACUAGGGAACUUCAGUAACCCAAACAAGAGAGGGAGUGUGGAGUUGAAGGACUCAAUGGUGAAUCUGUACUAUGAUGGAACACAGAUGGCAUCCUCUAACAUGCUUCCUUUCCCUCUAACGCAUGGUGAGUACAAGUUCCAAGAUGUUCACCUCGCAGCGGGCCAAGUCGGGCUCCCGUCGAACACUAGCAGCCUCAUAACCAAGCAGAUGGAGAGUGGGAGUGUGUGGUUUCAGGUGAAGGGCACUUUCAGAAUAAGAUCUACUGGCCUUAUUAAGUACUCAUAUUGGCUCCAUGCCUAUUGCACCAUUGUCCUUACUUACCCUCCUCCUGGUGCCUUGGUUGCCAGAAGUUGCACAACCAAGCGUUAAAACAUGCUCAUGAAUCAUGACAAACACAUUUUAAUUUUUCUUUUUCAAAAUUGUGUUUCUAAAAUAGUUCUAGGAUUUAUGCCAAACGUAGUCUCACUUUCUACUUCAUUUUUUAUUCCAUGCUUGUGUGUUUUUCACUCAUUCAACUAUAGAAGUUUCCCCACAACAUUUUAUCAUCGAUCUCACUUUGUCCAAUAAAAACAUGACAGAUUAUUAGAGCGUGUUAGGUGGCACCUACACGGUAGAUUAGGGUCUAGCGCCUAUGCGGGUUUAGUCGGGAUCAAUCGGGGUUAAGUGGGACAACCCCAAAACAAAAUAGUAGACAGAUAAGUGAAGACCUUUGAAAUAGUAGAUGCAACUAGAUGAAGGGUGUCUAAAUAGUGACAUGACAAAAAAAAAACACUUUCUUCAAAAUCUCAUUUCUUCAAUCUUGUAAUUCAAUUCGUUCUGUGAAUUUUAUACUCCGUAUAUAGUAGUUUGGUCACAAACUCUAAAUGCUAAUCCUAUUUCCCACUUCUUGAAUGGUUUUCUAUUUCACCCUCAGUUGGUCUGUAUUGUUAAAUUUUCCAUCGGGUUCAUCCAUUAAUUGACAUCUUCCUUGAUUGAGGCCAUUAAUACAUGAAUGGAGUAAAAGGUACUUCCCUGGACUUACUAUUGCGUAAGUGGGACUUACCUUUAGUGUAAAUGACUUGUGAUUAAUGUAAAUGAAAUGUAUGUCUUGAGUACGAUAAAUUUCUUUCACCUUAAAUGUCUUGAUGUAAAUGGAUAAAUGUCUAUGAUGGGUGUAAUGAAUCGUGAAAGUAUCUUGUCACUCUGAACUUCUUUUUGAAAGUUUUCAUCUUGAAUUUGAGACCCCAUGGAAGCAAAAUUAAAGGAUAUGUAUGAACCCGAGCGUAGCUCACCUGAUAGGAAGAGAGUGCCACAAGGGAGAUGUUCCGGAUUCAGCUCCAAACAAUAACUUGACAUGAUCCUACCACUGUCCGAGUAACUGUCCAGUCAGUUCUGGGGGCUCGGGAUGAAGUAUCAUUCUUUCCACCAGAUUGUUUAAUCAACAUUUAGCCAUCAAAUAGCACUGUGCGAAUUAGAACUUGCUCAGAACCUUGAUGUGUUGACCAAUUACUGGCAUUCUCUUGAAAGUUGUGCUAGGAACCUGAUACACACUAAAUGAGAUAGAGACGAAUCCUUGUGUAUGGAAAUACAUUGACAGUAAUGGAAAUAUGCUAGAUAGGAAACAUGCUGGAUAGCAGAACAACUAGAAGUUUAAUUCUGGAAAAUUCCUUUUGUACACAUCAAGUUUUACACGCCAUUUUAC